AUGUUUCUCUUCUUCGCUUUCGCAGGUACCCAGGUCGCCAAUAUCGGAUCCGGAAAUGGCGCUAGGAAUACCACCACAGGAGGUGACACCGGAUUCAACGUGGAGGUACUGCUAUACAUCUCGAUGGUAUUCGGCUUCAGCCUGAUGGUCAACGCGAUAUCAAUGACUAGAUGCACCAUUCUGAUUGUCGCUCAGCUUGCAGGCAGUAUUUUUGCAUCAUACCUCGUCAGCGUCAUGUUUCCAACGCCCUUGAAUGUUCGCACAACACUAUCCACUGACACGUCGAUUGCGCGAGGCAUCUUCAUCGAGGCGGUUCUGAAGGCCGAGCUUGUCUUUACUAUUUUUAUGCUUGCGAAGAAAAAACAUAAGGCAACCUUUAUCGCACCCGUCGGAAUCGGGCUCGCGCUGUUCGUCGCUGAGUUAGUUGGAGUCUUCUACACCGGCGGUUCUUUGAAUCCAGCAAGAAGUUUUGGACCGUGUGUUAUGACUGGCAUAUUCGACAAAGAACACUGGAUAUAUUGGGUCGGUCCAGGAAUUGGUGCUGUGAUAGCGGUGGCCUUCUACAAGGUCAUCAAAGUUCUUGAGUACGAAAUGACGAAUCUAGGGCAGGACGACGACGGUGGCGAGGACCUGGAGGCUGCAAUGGGCCAUAGCACGAAGGAAAGGGCGAGAUGAAGCGAAUCGGUAUGAUGCUCCUAAAGAUGAUGCUUACGAAACCGCCACGAACUUGAUGGAUUAGAGGUAUUUAUCGGGCGUAAGCAAUAAUCAGGAGAACAUGAUAGUGUCCGGGAUACUUUUGCCUUCACUGGCGUUUGGAUUGGUGAUGAUUCAUGGGCAUUGGAAGCGCUUAUGGGUUCUCAGCGUAGAUAGAUAGGG